GUUAAGUCCACCGUUAACUAUUUUUAGCAUCUACCCCAAUCCAUAGCCAUUGGGUGUAGCGACUUUAAUUUCAGCAUCUAUGGGAAAGUUGAAAUCACUGUAUGUAUAAGCUACCAGUCAGAUCAAUUCUCAUUGGCUGUGUUUGUACCAUAGACUGUAUAUAAAAGGUUUGUACAGGCAGCCCCAUUGUGAUAUUUUCUCUCUACUAAUUGGUCUUUUGACCCAUCACAUCUGUCUGUUACUAGAAAAGUGUGCUCAAUCUGUUUCAGGCGCUUAAUCAUCUUAACAUUCCCCCCAAAAAACAGGUGUCCUUCCUGAAAAGCUACAGACCUUUAGCCCCCACCUAAUUCACUAUGAAAAUGUUAGAGCACCUUUUCCUGUCUCUUCUCAAUUCCACCACUGUCUCCUUUCACCUACUGCAGUUACCUAAAGAGCCAAGAGGUCUGUGGACAAUGCUGUCAACAUGGCAUUUCCCUAGAUCCUCAAACAUCUUUGCAAUUAAAAAACACAUGCCAAGAUAGUUUGUGAACUUUGCAUUCAACACCACCAUUUGAGAACUACUGCAAUAUAUACUCUCCAAUAUAUACUGCACUAUAUAGUCAGCUAAACAGGUUAAUUUGUGAGUGAUUACCUGAUCAACAGGAUGCAAUAUGUGACAAUUGGUUUGCAAUUGUCAAAACGCUGGUUCGUCUCUUCACUGAUGGUGCGGAGUACAAGUUGUGGAACACCGACAAAACCGUGGAGGUGGUAGUUAUCAGGAAACUCCCACAAGAAUGAAUGCUCAAGUUGUUAGUUUGGUUAACAGCUUCCUAGUGACCAUCAGCUCUCACAAGCUCAUUACAGCAAACACCAGAAAGGCACAUCAGUUGACGUGUGCUGUGCAGCAGCUGAAAUACACUACCUCCCAGUGAGGGUAAGAUUGAUGCGUAAAGCCAGACCGAGUCCAUCCUUACCUCUUCCAUUACUGCCUGGUUUUGGACCUUGUCAGGUGUGGUUGUAAACUGUAAUACCUGGUCUGGUCUGCUGAAUUGGUCAGUGGCUGCCACCCUCCCUCCACUGAGGUUGUGCCUGAUUCCAAGGAAAGGAAGCAAACAGGAAGGAUCCUCAUUGGCACCUCCCUACCGUGUUCCAAAAAUGAUCCCCAGGCAGGAAUUUUUCAGUGAGAAUCUAUGGGACACAUUGCCUGUCAAAUGGCAACAGGUCAUCAGUGACCUGACACCCCCACAAAUAGCUGACCUCCUGUUGGACAGAUGGAAUGUGAAUAGAAGCUACUCCUGUGUAUGGCCUCUCUCGCUAUUGUCUUUCCGGGCUACAGCGCAUGCUCUGGCAUUCCCCAGGAAACCCCAAAGAAAGCGGGGACAUGAUGUGGAUACAGUGAAGUCAGAGGAGUUCCUGGAGAACCAGAGUCAGAGCUCACUGCUUGGACACAUAUUCAGGAAACAUGUAAAACCCAAGAAACAGCAUGAGAUCCAGAGGCUGGGCACAUUGGUGAGGCGUCUUUGUGACCUGACAGACUGCAAUAGUGUGGUGGAUGUGGGUUCAGGACAGGGUCAUUUGACUCGUUUCUUGUCAUUUGGGCUUGGCCUUUCUGUGACUGGAAUUGAGGCUGAUCCUACUCUAGUUUCAAUGGCAUCCAAAUUUGAUGGACAGCUUCUUUGGACACUGGAGAAAGAGAGGCAAAAGUUUCAGAAUGGAUCUCAGCUUUCUACAUCUGGCCCCUCCCCCUGCCAUGUGGCUGGCUGGGUGAACCCAAAAGCAUCAUGGGAAGACUUUGUCAAACAAGUAGGAAGUGGUACAUUUUGCUGUGAUGGUCAGAUGCCUGGAGUCAGUAAAAAGAGACAACGGGAGCCUGUGACAGUAGUUGACCAGCUACAGCAGCACACAGGCCAGACUGAGUCCACCGCAGACAUCGGCCGGUCUGCCAGUCUGCCACUCAAAGACAAUAUCAAAACGACUGGUUUUAAUGGUGACAACCCUACAUCCCCCCCGGAAAUAGCCGUAUCUCUGGCAGCCCAACCCGGUGCUCUCUCUCUUCCAAAACGUCUGUGCAAGAAUGAAGCUGGACAGGAUCCAUAUGCCUACCCAGUUUGCCGAGGGAGUUUGUCUACAGGAGGGGUCGUGUGCCCGGCGGAUAAUGGGCAGGCAUGUCCAGAUUUUGUCCUAACGGGCCUCCAUGCCUGCGGGGACCUCAGUGCCACCCUCCUUCGCCACUUUUCCAGCUGCCCUCACGUGCGUGGCAUUACGUCAGUGGCGUGCUGCUACAUGAAGAUCACCACCAGCGAGAACCCGAACCCCCCCGGCCUCAUAGCCCCUCCCAUCAAUCCUCUGGCCACCAAUGAGACGUUUCACUCUGAGUACGGUUAUCCAAUGAGCUCCUGGGUCCAGGGGUUGCCAGGACACCAGCUGUCUUAUAAGGCGCGGGAGGGGGCCUGUCACGCCAUAGAGGAGUAUAUGCAGCGGCUGCGGGAGGAAAGUGCCUCGCUGAGGACACACUGUUAUCGUGCAGCCCUGGAGACGGUCAUCCGGGAGGCCCAGCCGGAGCUGCGCAGGGUGGGAGUGCAGACAAUAAAGAAAGCACAUCUACUUUCAUUUACAGAGUAUGCCCGUCUGGGUCUGCCUCGCGUCGGCCUGCCCCCUGACCUUCCCCUGGACGCGGACAGAGUGGAGGCCAUGCUGAGGCAGGAGGGCCGUGUGGUGGUCUACUUCAGCCUGGCUCUGCUUCUGGCACCGGUGGUGGAGACACUGGUACUACUGGACAGGAUGCUGUACCUGCAGGAAAAAGGUCUAGACAGUCAACUGGUGCCACUCUUUGACCCUGCCUUCUCUCCCCGUAACCUCGUGCUGAUGGCUAUGAAGCCCACAAGGGACAAAGAGACUGAGAGGACGCUCUCUUAACCAAGGAUUCUAUAAAACCACAAGUCCUGUUGUUCACUCAGUUCCUCAUUAAUGCUCAACAAAUUGAGUUUAAAUGUAAAUUAUUUCAUUACAUAAGACAUUUUUAAUGCAAUUGCUUUUUCAUAUGUUUGGACAAGCAUUUUAAAAAGAGAAUGUACCCCUUUUCUGUCCCAAUUUGUCAGAAAUAAAGGAUAGUUAUUUUCAAA